AUGGUGUUCAAAUCGGUUAGGUUAAGACCGUUUCUAGAAGUUAUGGAGUUUCUAGUAUCUGGUGAUGGUGAGGUAGGCUCCAUGGAAGAUAGUGAAGGGAUAAAAGGAUUCUUGUCGAGUGGUUUUCGACUUGUGUUUGUCCAAAAAUGAUACGGAACUGUGGUGGAUGUUUACAUCGCCAAGAAGUUUAAUCGAGAGAAGAAGAAAUUCAUAUUCAUCAGAUUUAUCCGAUUCCUUGAUAUCCCGACUUUUGAACGACGUCUGAAUGAGAUAUGCAUAGUCCUGUCCUUUCUUCCAACAACUUCAGCUCAAGCAUGGCAUGGUGGAAUGAUUGGGGGUGAUGCUACUUGUGCAGACGGAGGAAGCUCCAACCACUCAAAUGAUGGGUGUGCAUCGCCAGAAUUGUCACCAGAGAAUCCUCUCCGGAACCAAGUCUGGGAAGACGAGGAGAUGCAUGCAAGUAAUUCCACACAAGGUCCCGAUGAGUCUCCUCGAUUCUCCAAAACUGAUGACCGUAUGUUGAAUAAUUUCAUGCAUCGAAGGAAGGAAUUAGGUCAAUCGCCAGUAGCGACCUCAAAAUCAAAUUCGUUGGAUCAUAACCCAUGA